UUUAAUAUCGGCCCUAUUUAGUAUUUACUAUAUAAUAUAUACUAUAUUUUCACUUGGUUGCUAUCCGAAAAUUAGACAACGAACAACUUAUAACUCGGGUUUGUGGAUUCAAUACCUAUGUAAUGUAGCGUUUAUUUGGAAAUUACCUGAGUUACCUACCUGAAGAUACCAGAGUUUGCUAUUAGUCCAUAUAAUGGCCACGGCUAGACAGAUAUUACAGCAAGAAAUAUUUGAUCAAUGCGAUCAAAAAUUGCUGGCAUUCGUUGGUAUAAGUAAUGACGCAAAAAAGAAGAAAUUUGGUUAUUUAUGUUUGUCAGACGCAAAAGAAUUGCCCAACAAUAUUUUUAUUCAUCAGAUAAAGUUUGAUAAAAAUGUAAAGAAAAAAAGAAUGUGGUCACUUCAAGAAUUAACUGUUGUAGAUGGAAAAUCUUCUUCACAGGACUGCCUAGAAAUUGAAUUGGUUUUAGAUAAGCCAUACAAAUGGAUAGCAACUAAUACUCAAGAACGUAAAAUAUUUUUAAUAUCUUUGUGGAAGCAAUGUGCUAACUGUGUUUUUGACAAAAAACCAGAAUUUAAAAAUUUGCCUCUUGAUUGGACUUCAGGAGAUUUACUGGUGUUGCCGGCUGACAGGAAAUCAAAACUUUCUAUGGUUGCAUCACCAAUUGUUAGCGCUGAAGAUUUUCAACCAUUGUCUGAAAAAGAAGAACAGGACUUAGAGUUAUUGAUGAAGGAAUGUGGGUUUGCCUCAAAAGACGCCAAGGCUUUUACAGACAUGUUGGCUACACAAUUAAUGGCUUUAGAUGGUGAAAAUGUACAAAGUGUUCUUGCGUCUGAACCACAAGUUACAAAAUUAAUGGAUCAACUAGAAACGGCUAUUGCUGAAAUUGAAAUAGUUGAAGCAGCUUUAGAUUCUUACGAUGAGACUUUAAGGCAUGUUCGGGAUACCAUAGACAAGAUGGACCAGAAAAACGCAAAUAUUCAAACAGCUAAUAGUAACAAUGAGAAGCUACUCAAUGAACUUCAGAAAGUAAUUCAACAAUUGGAGCUUUCUCCUAAACAUCAAUUGGCAUUAACCGAUGCAGAUUUAACAACAACAAGUGGUCUACGAGAUGCUAUUGCAGCUGCAAAAGAGUUACAAGCAGUUAUGAAUGCACAGAUACAUCCAGCUCUUGUUCGACUAAAAGCCAUACAAGAACAAAGAAGACGUUUUGAAAAAUGGAAAGCUAAAUUUUCCCAAAUUCUCUCACGUCACCUUAACAACUUAUUUAUUCAUAUGGGCAAUGACGUGGGAGAAUCCAAAAAGAACUCUAGCGGAGAACUGACGAUUAUGAAACAUAUUACACUGCAUCGUGAACUUGCUGCUUAUACUGAAUUAAUGCAUUGGUGCAAAGCAAUGGACCGUAAAGCAUUCAUGGCACUAUCAAAAGUGUAUACGAUGUCUUUAUCCAAAUUGUACGAGAGAGAUAUAAAAUCAUUUUUAGAUGAUGCAAAACUACGUGUUAACGCUGGUAAUUUGUCAAAUUCAAAAGAAGAUAUAAGGAGGUCAACUGGCCCUCCAUCCGAUUGGUUAUUAGGCGUCGACAAAGAACUUUGGACACUAGAGAGUGAUGCUAAAGAGCGGCAAAGGUUUGAUCAAGUGUUAGAGACUGUUCUCUCCGAGUUAGAGCCAAUUUGUUUGUCGGAACAAAAUUUUUGUGUUACAUUUUUCCAACUAGAUGUCCUCAGCCCACAAAUUAAAAAUACGCAAACAACCUUGGACAGUGUCGAUGGAAAAAUUAACCAGGAUUCCACACCUGCAUUACCAAAAACGAAAAUAGAAAAGAAAAUUAAUGAAGAUGUAAGGAAAAUGAUGGGAGAAAUUUUCGCAUGCAUAGAACCAGAAUUGAUUGCAUUUAUACAGUACCAUGAGAGGAUGGAUAGCACAUACUCAAUGGCCGUGUUGGUCAGAUUAGGCCGUCAUGUGAUGUCCGCCAACGAUACGGGGUCGUUUUUGAGCAUGACUUACGGUUCAGUAUUAGUGCAUGUAAAGAGAAAUUAUGACAAACUAAUGCAUGCUCAUUUAAAAUCUAUACAGGACGUGAGAUUUGCUAAAAAAUCUAAGUGUGGCAUACUUCCAUUUGUAGCCAAUUUUGAGUACUUUGCAAAGACCGCUGAACAAAUAUUUAGAGAGACAGACCGAAGAGCUGACUUAGAUAAAUGGUAUGUAAAACUAAUAAGUACUGUGUUUGAAACUAUCCAUUCGGUCUCCAACGAACAUCCUAAAACUCCCGCCGAAGUCAUCAGAAUGGAAAAUUUUCAUCAUUUGUAUGCACUAUUGUCUCAGUUGAAAAUACAAACAUUAGAUCCGUACAGAAAGGACGCAAAACAAAAGUAUAACGAAGCAUUGAGUGCUUACGUCACUCGUUACUUUGGUAGGCCUCUUGAAAAACUUAAUUUAUUUUUCGAAGGAGUCGAAGCCAAAGUCGCACAAGGCAUCAAAGAAUCUGAGAUUGGCUAUCAGGUAGCUUUUAGUAAGCAGGAGCUUAGGAAAGUGACUAAAGAAUAUCACGGUCGUGAAGUAAAAAAAGGCCUUGACAAUCUUUAUAAAAAAGUCGAAAAACAUCUCAGUGAAGAAGAGAAUUUACUUCAGGUGGUGUGGAGAGCUAUGCAAGAAGAGUUCAUACAACAGUACAAAUACAUUGAAGAUCUGAUACAACGCUGUUACCCAGGUUCAAUGAUAUCUCUAGAAUUUUCUAUAGAAGAUUUAUUGCAGUAUUUCUCGGAAAUUGCUAGGUCCCAUUAGAGUAAUCAUUGGAGAACACUCAAUAUUAUUGUUAUAUUAUAUGCUAUAUAAUUUGCAUGUUAUAUGUAUUAUUAUUAUUAUUCAUUUUCUAAUACAGUAUUUUUUUAUAUA